AUGUUCAAAAUUCUCUCAAUUUUUCUCCUGUUUUCUCCAAUUUUAGCCUACGAUGCAAUCAUAUUUUCAAAUCACAAAUCGAUAAGAGGAAUUUCCAUAGAAAAUCUGCUGAAAGAUGCUACUGCCGAUGAGCCAAUUGUGAUUAUAACAAACCAAAAUUUCACACUAGGUCAAUUCUCCAUGAAAGCCAAUGCGUACUCCUCUGAGCCAAUUAUCGAUUUUUUGGCGAAUUCUGUGAAAAAUAGCAAAUUUCAUGAGUCGAGAAAUUUGGUAGAUCAAAUUGAGGCCCCGAAUUCCCAAAAAAUCGAUAAUUUCCAACCCGGAUCGUCGAUUCAUAUAAUUUCCGGCGAAAGUUGGGAUGAAAUGGUGGAGAAAUUCACAAAUUUCGAAAAAAUCGAUAAUCGAGCCAUCAUGAUUUUGACGUCUUCUGAAGCGAUUUCCACCGGAAAAAAUCGAAAAAAUCGAUUGAAGCGAAGCUCCGUACCUUUAGGUGCCUUCCCUUUUCCAUUGAUUAUUCCUCCUUAUGGCAAUCCGAAAGUCAAUAUAACCCGAAAAAUCAAUGAAACGUGUCUAUUCUAUUUGGGAGGGGUUACUGUAGUUGUGGAGAAUAAGCUGAGCAAUCAGAAGACGUUAUUCGCAUCGGCAAUGGUUCCAGGAGCGAACUUGACGUAUUCUCAUGCGCUAGAAGACGUGAAAUGUGAAAAAGGAGCAUUUGGAAAUUUCAUUUUUCGAUUUCGACUGAAAUUGGCGAAAGAAAUUUCUGGAAAAAUCGAUAAUUCGAAAAGUUCAGAAAAAUUUGUGCUGAGCAAUGGCGAUUUUAUCGAUUUUAGCUUGAAAUUCCAUGGAGAUUUUUGGGGAUACUGGAGGUUGAUUGGAGCGACAAUGCAUAGUAUCGGAGUCGAGGGACGGGAGGGGUGGAAGACCCUCAAAUCCGUGGACCAAACAAUCGGCCCAAACGACACGAAAUUCUCGAAACUCGCCUCAAUCUCUGGCUUCUCCCUAACCUGCCAUCAAUCCCAAGCUCUCUUCUUCCCAACCAACGACCCGAAGUUUCGAAUCGGAAUCAGUCUAAUCAAUUCCCAAAUUCAAACAUUCACUGAUCCCAAAAUUUGGGACAAAAUGGGACCACGAUUCAGUCUUCAGACGGAAAACUGCACUGGAACAUUCUCUCCAGGCUCUUUGAUGGGAAUUCUGACGUCACUUGUGAUGACCGGAGGCGUGAUUUUUGCAUUCUGGAUGCUCCAAUCGAUAAAGACGCCCGAUCGAUUCGAUGACCCAAAGAAGACCAAGCAAAUUGUUAUUAAUGAGAAAAACUAG